GUACAGCUCGUGUUGAGAGCUAAUUUUCAUAAUAGUUUGCACUAAUAAGAAACGUAAUAUGUAUUAACUAAAAAAUAUUGUUACCUCAUUUAAUAAAUGUUUUAGUAAUUAAAUUCUUAAGUUACAAUAAAGGGGCUGCAAUAGAGGAAGUACAAAAAUGUGUGAAGAAGUAAAUUUUAAAAAUAUUUUGAUGCCGAGGAAAACCGAAAGUGGAAUAUUUAAGUUUAUGACAAGAGCUUGGCAUCCUCUUCGUACAUAUAGUAUGGAUAAAUAUUAUUCACCACAAGACUUAAAGAACAUAGUAUUAAAUUCAGUAUAUCUUGACUCAGUUAUAGAAGCGGAGAGUGUAAGAAGUGGAGUCUCCAAAAUUAAAUUAAAAAAAGAAAUUGUAAACUACCUUGAAGAAAUGGGUCUUGAUAAGAAAAUGCAUGUGGUCCGGUGGAUGGGUAUUGCUUUCUUAAAAAUAUCAUUCAUGAUGAAAAUUGGCAUAUUUGUGAAUGAACCUGCAGUCCUUAAGCUUAAAUCGUCAAUGAAAACAAACCCAGUCCUGUUCCUGCCAACCCACCGAAGUUAUGCUGAUUUUUGUUUAAUGACAUACUUCUGCUUUCAUUAUGAUAUUGAUGUACCAGCUGUUGCGGCAGGCAUGGAUUUUUAUUCAAUGGCUAUAAUUGGUCGCGCGAUGCGUGAGACGGGUGCUUUUUACAUCCGACGCACUCUAGUAGGUGCACAACUUUACGCGGCCACUCUCAAGCAGUACGUAAGGACGUUGGUCUCCAAAUAUGCCACGCCAAUAGAGUUCUUCCUUGAAGGCACUAGAAGUCGCAGUAAUAAAAGUCUACCUCCAAAAUACGGUAUGUUGUCAAUGAGCUUGGCGCCACUAUUUGCACAGGAAGUGGCUGAUAUCACGAUUGUACCUAUAAACCUUAGUUAUGAUCGUCUAAUGGAACACGGUCUCUUUGCGUAUGAGCACAUAGGUGUCCCUAAACCUAAGGAGUCUACUGGCGGUCUAUUGAAAUCUCUAUACAGACUCAACGAUCACUAUGGUAACAUAUAUAUCAAUUUAGGCGCACCACUCUCCGUAAAGAAUUAUCUCAAGAACAUUUCGUAUACGGAGGAGAUGCUCAAGCCCAUAGAUCUACAAGAAUUGACUGCCGAACAAUUCAAACAGGUGCAAAGCGUUGCGAAUCACGUUAUCACUUUGCAGCAGAAGUCUACUGUCGCCACUAUAUCAAAUUUACUAGCUUUAGUAUUAAUGGACUCCCUCAUGCGGGACCGAGUUUUAGUUAUUGAUGAUGUACUACUAGAAUUGGAAUGGAUGAUCGAAGUGUUAAGGACUUUAGGUGCGACGGUGUUUGAAAACGAUGUUCAAGGAAAUGUCAAUAGAAUAUUGGUAGUGCACAGUCAGAUGGUGAAACUGGACAAGGAGAAGAGGCUUCGUCUACUAUCUGGUACGCUGAUGGACGUGUCACGUGAUAUUCAGAAGAGAAUGAAAGGUCAUGUUUUAAAGUCAAAAACAAUGGCGACCGCUAUACCAAUUAUACAGUUGCAGUUGUAUGUAAACCCGAUACUGCACUAUUUAGUUCCGCCUGCGAUAAUCUUACUCAUUGUGCUUAGAAGACCAAUUACAAAAGACGAGCUAGCUUCCGAUUAUCAUCGAAUAAGGAAAAUAUUAUAUCACGAAUUUUUCUAUGUAGAGGACACAGAGGAAAAGACAUUUGCUGAAUCAAUCAAUUACUGUUUACAAAACAGCGUGGUAUCAAUGUCCGAGGGUAGGCUAGUGCCGGGUGGCAAUGAGAAGCUGCAAUUCUUACUCAAGUGGUCAGUAUGGCCUGCACUCACCACCCUCGCUCACACCGCUGAUGUUAUGACUGAGCAAAUUGAGUGUGCACAUAAGCGAACUUUAAAAUUGGUACAGGAGAGGAUAGAACAAAUUGGAUGUCAUCCGUACUCCCUAAGUUUGGAGAGUAUUGGUAACUGUCUACAAGGACUCAUAUUGAGUGGCGCCCUAAUAAAGCAGAGAGACACUGAAGAUACAAUUUAUCAACUAUCGCCCCUAGAAAUGGGAGACUGUCAACAAUUAAUCAGUUCAGUACUACCCAGAUUCAAUGUGGCCUUCGAUGUUAGCAAUUCUGUAAUCCUCGACAAUACGCGAGUAUUGUGUAGACUGUAAUGUCCUUUAAGUACUAAAUGUUGUGAAUUAUUCAAAUGUGAUAAAAACUCACUUUUAUAUAUUAUGUAAUACAGCGCUACCAUUUAUUAAU